AGUUGCCCUGAAUUUUUGUUAUAAGAUGUUGAGAUUACAGUAAGAAUUUCCAUUGCUGGGCUGCCUAGGCACUGGCACUGAAGUGCUGCAGUUGUUGGAGGGGUUAACAUUGGAGCCAGUGGCACACAUAUAUUAUGGAGGAUUCAUAAAAACACGACAGUGGAGCUUGGGUCAAUCCAUUACUGUGAACAAGCAGUGACCAAUAGAAAAAGAAGAAGAAGAUCCAAGGAGGCUGGGCAAGCUUCAGCCCCAGACGCAAGAUUCAAGGGUGUAUUCCUGGAAGGCAAGGUGGUAUAAUGGCAACUACAAUCUGUUUCGUCAUCUGGGUAUUAUUCAUAACAGGCAGCGUGUGGACUCAAAGUGUGAGACAGGCCUAUGAGGGAAAUGAUCCAGAAGACUGGAGUGCGGAUGACUUUGAUUGUCCCAUGGAGUGUUUCUGUCCCCCUAAUUUUCCUACUGCUUUAUACUGUGAAAAUCGAGGUCUCAAAGAAAUCCCUGCUAUUCCAUCAAGGAUCUGGUAUCUUUAUCUUGAAAACAACCUGAUAGAAACCAUUCCAGAGAAGCCAUUUGAGAAUGCCACCCAACUGAGAUGGAUAAAUCUAAACAAGAACAAAAUAACCAACUAUGGAAUUGAGAAGGGAGCCCUAAGCCAGCUGAAGAAACUCCUUUUCUUAUUUCUGGAAGACAAUGAAUUAGAGGAAGUACCUUCUCCACUGCCAAGAAGUCUAGAACAAUUACAGUUAGCCAGAAAUAAGGUAUCUAGGAUUCCUCAAGGGACCUUCAGCAAUCUAGAGAACCUGACCCUUCUUGAUCUACAGCACAACAAAUUGUUAGACAAUGCCUUUCAAAGAGAUACCUUUAAAGGGCUGAAGAACCUUAUGCAGCUUAAUAUGGCUAAGAAUGCCUUGAGAAACAUGCCACCAAGACUGCCAGCCAAUACAAUGCAAUUAUUUUUAGACAACAAUUCCAUUGAAGGAAUACCAGAAAAUUACUUUAAUGUGAUUCCUAAAGUGGCCUUCCUGAGGCUAAAUCAUAACAAAAUAUCAGAUGCAGGUCUCCCCUCACGUGGCUUUGAUGUGUCCUCGAUUCUAGAUCUCCAGCUGUCUCACAAUCGCCUCACAAAGGUCCCCCGAAUCAGUGCUCAUCUACAGCACCUUCACCUUGAUCACAACAAAAUUAAAAGUGUGAAUGUCUCGCUAAUAUGUCCUACCACCAGCACACUGCACACUGAACAAGAUUCGUUCAUCCAUGGACCUCAGCUUAGCUACCUCCGCCUGGAUGGAAAUGAAAUCAAGCCACCAAUCCCAAUGGAUUUAAUGACCUGCUUCAGGCUUCUUCAGGCUGUCAUUAUAUAAACACAUUUUCACUAAUCAAAAAUAGUUUUAGGGAGCUAAGGUUGCUGACUUAUAUAAUUUGGUUACCAUUCAUAGAUUUAGAAGAAAAAUCACAUUUUCAUUUGCUGUUAGCCACUAUUUUAAUUUGUGUAGCUUGUUUUUAUUUUCUAUUCAAAGAUGCUUUUGCCAAUGACAUACACGGCUUUUCAAAAAAUUGAGUUUUUUUCUUUCCGUAAUUAAUAAAACAGACACAGAGUUAAGAUAGUUUAUCAGCUCAAAGAUAAUUCCUUUUAUCUCUUUUACGGCUUAUUAAUUAAUAUCAAAUAUUAAUUACUUUGUUAUGCAAUGAAAAGGAUUUGUGUAUUUUCAAAAUUACUUCUGCAGCUAUUAUAUUUACAGUAUAAAUACAAUCAACAAAUAGAUUAAAAUAAAAUGAAAAAAUGAGAUAUAUCUUUAUUGUGAUAUGUUGAAAUAAAUACAAGUUGAAUAAUCAGUUUGGACUAGCAAGCUUGGUAUUUAGCUCACCAGUGGGUAUGAAGUGAGACAAGUUCUAGUCAUUUAAUACCAAACAAAAAGAGCAAUAGUGAUUUCUAGUUACUUAUUCCUUUUAACUGUUUUUCUGAAAUACACUUUCUGAAGCAAUUAUACAACUCCUAAUUUUGCAUUUAUUAAAAUGCAUUUCUCACAGAAUCUUAGUCCUUUAGCACUCAAAAUCCAUUUGAAUUAGAAAUUAUUCAGCUGUUAUAGUUGUCAGCAUUUUUGUAUUUUUCUGAAUAAAAAGAGUGAUUGUUUUUAACAAAA